AUGAUGCCCCCACCAGCCCUCCUCGAAGAAAAUGCCGAUCAGUUAUUCAAACUGUCGCCCAGCGUAGAAGGACUAGGCGAAACCUGGAUACAGCUUAGCUGGGCCCCACCCAGUAUCCGAGGCCCACAUCUAUUGCCGCCACCAGAAGGCUACCUUGUCAGUGUUCGCCGUCAGCACUAUAAAACUCCAGACCAAGUUUACCAAAUUCUUAUUCCCUGGGGAAGCAAACAGCAACUGGACGAACUAGGCAACCAGGUCACUGGAGUAUUAUCCAGCCUGCAUUAUAAAUACAGACCAACUCCUGCAAAUUUGGAUGUGCCUUGGCCUGAUUAUAAAAGUUCUAGGAUAAAUUUCUGGAUCGAUGGAUGGAACAACGGAAGUGUAGAUGAUAGGGGCCCUCAAAAUCUGUUCGUUUUUACGGCAUCUGGAUUGCGCGAUGGGCAAGCCUACAUCUUCACCAUUGUUCCGCUAUUUCUCCCUGCUCUGCCUUCCAAAAUCGACGUGAUGCAACUUUCCAGCAGUUUAGGAGUAACCACGGGCGGCUCAUCUUACGACAUCUCUCUAAAGGGCCUUAGAGACUCGAUUAAUGUUGCUGACACUUUUUAUCUCCAGAUGGUUGGCUUGAGCGACGAUGAGUGCUUUACAUCUGAUGAAUCUUCUUGGAAAAUCUCUUCUGUCGACGCCGUCGUUAUCGCCAGGAACCUACUGAGUGCACGAUUUCGUUUGCCAAAAGGGUCUGACUUGCCGUUAGCCUCCAUCAUCUACUUAUGCCCACCAUCAGCCGAGGACUGCAAAUCAUCGGCCCAGAUUACUUACGUAGUAGGAACGUAUGAGCUUCAGUGGGGUCUGAGUUUUUGUCGAAUAGAAGAAAGUCUUUUUGCUGAAUGUUUUCUCCGACUUAAAUCCAAUCUGAGCGGUCGGAGAGGUUUAGAGCGACUAAACUUGCAAAUGCGGCCAUAUUUUGGGAUAGUGGAUGAAAAUAACGUGGGAUCUGCAAACACCAGUUUCUACCUCCUUAAUUCACUACCCUGCAAACCUCAUUCUGUCGACCUUGUGCGCUUAGAAUCGCAGAUUACUUUGAAAUGGCAGGAGCAGGCUGGGCCAACAUGCGGCGAAACCAAGCGGCUGUUGAUUGACUUUCAAACGGACGACUCUAAGCCUCUCAGGAAGGAAAUUUCGCUCCCCGACAACUCCGAUCCCAGCGACAAGUAUAAGGAGGUACAACUUGCUCCGGCCGAAUACUGCCGUCGUUAUGCAGCCAGCCUUAUUUUGCAGAACAACGCUGGAAGCAGUUCUUAUGCAAACACUACUGGGCUUCCCAUUGGAUACCCUGCCCUUAAUAAGGUGGAUGUAGCCAACGUCAGCGUACUGCCGCUUGAGAUAGAGAAUGACGGCAGUCGAACACUCACCUGUCCGCUGUCUCAGCACGACCCCUCUCCCCGCUUCUUCCAGGCCGUGGAUAUCAGGGCUUCACCCAAAUUGUCAAUGUGCCUUGAAGUCAGUUGGGAUUUUCUGUCUGCAAGAACGGGUGUCUUUGGAUUCAUUCUGGUAAUAAAGUCCUCAGAAACACCCUCUGAUGCAGGUGCAAAUGCGAACCGCACAGGGUUCACGAAUGCCAACUGCAGAACCAUUUGGAUACCCUGCUCCAACUGUGUUGGAAAGUACACAUGGAAAAACUCAAAAGACAUCGUCCUGGAGGAUAUGCUUAAAGUUUUCGAAAGCUGUGGAUCCAAUAGGAGGUCGAAGAGAGCAGCCAGCAGCGUGACAGAAGAACUGGAGCAGCACCUUCGAACCUCAUCUACGCUCGAGGGAACGCUCAAGGCGGAGCAUGAACGCGUGGUCCUUCAGCUGUUUCUGUCUGAGAAGGACAAACCGACACCCCAAGGCGUCAAUGUCCAGUUGUACGCUCUCAAGGCCCUGCAGAUGCAAUUAGCUAUACAACAAGCCUGGGGAAAGAUUGAAAAAGGAUUGCUGGCUGAUGGAAUAAUUCACCCCGCCCACCUUAUCAAUUUCGUGGGUCUCACCACUGGCUUUGGUGACUGUGUCUCGCCGCAGUUUACUCGUGCUGCUAGUACUUUUGACUUUGGCAAGUCAUAG